AUGUCCGGCUUCGUCGGGGUCGUCGUCUCCGACCCCUCCCUGCAGGGCCAGUUCACGCAGGUCGAGCUCCGAUCGCUCAAGGCCAAGUUCGUGUCUCUGAAGAGGGACUCCGGCCAUGUCACCACCAAGAACCUCCCGGGGUUGAUGAAGAAGCUGAGGGGACUUCACGAAGUGGUCCCCGAGGAGGAGAUCGCCGCCUUCUUGUCGGAGUCGUACCCCGACAGCGACCAGGAGAUUGAGUUCGAGUCCUUCCUCCGGGAGUACCUGAAUCUGCAAGCAAGGGUGAGCGCCAAGGAAGGAAGCGCCGCUGUCAGCGGCGGUGGCGGGGCUGGCGGCCGCAAGAAUUCGUCGUCGUUCCUCAAAUCCACCAUCACUACGCUGCUGCACAAUCUCAACCAGGCGGAGAAGUCUUCUUAUGUGGCACAUAUUAACACUUACCUUGGUGAAGAUCCAUUCUUGAAGAAGUACUUGCCAAUCGACCCAUCCGGCAACCAGCUAUUCGAUCUUAUUAGGGAUGGCGUCCUGCUCUGUAAGUUGAUCAAUGUAGCUGUACCUGGGACCAUUGAUGAGAGAGCAAUAAAUAAGAAAAGAGUUCUUAACCCAUGGGAGAGGAAUGAAAACCACACACUGUGCCUCAACUCUGCAAAGGCCAUUGGAUGUACUGUUGUUAACAUUGGCACCCAGGAUUUAGUGGAAGGAAGGCCUCAUUUAGUUCUUGGAUUAAUAUCUCAAAUCAUAAAGAUUCAACUUUUGGCUGAUCUUAAUCUUAAGAAGACACCCCAGCUUGUGGAAUUGUUUGAUGACAGUAAGGAUAUAGAUGAGGUGUUGAGCUUGUCACCAGAAAAGAUGCUGCUUCGAUGGAUGAACCAUCAUCUGAAAAAGGCUGGCUACAAGAAAACUGUUAACAAUUUCUCUUCGGAUGUGAAGGAUGGUGAAGCCUAUGCUUAUCUUCUAAAAGCUCUUGCUCCAGAGACUUCCCCUGAAACCACACUGGAGACUAAGAAUCCUGAUGAAAGGGCAAAAAUGGUACUUGAACAAGCAGAGAAGUUGGACUGCAAAAGAUACCUUACACCAAAGGAUAUUACUGAGGGUUCUGCCAACUUGAAUCUUGCAUUUGUUGCACAAAUAUUCCAGCAUCGGAAUGGUCUAACUAGUGACAUUAAACAAGUUACACUCACACAGUCAGCAUCACGUGAUGAUGUUCUAGUAUCCAGAGAAGAAAGGGCCUUCCGAAUGUGGAUCAACAGCCUUGGGGUCGAGUCAUACCUGAAUAAUGUUUUUGAAGAUGUUCGCAAUGGAUGGGUACUUCUUGAAGUACUUGACAAAGUUUCUCCUGGAUCUGUCAAUUGGAAGUUGGCAUCAAAACCUCCAAUUAAAUUGCCAUUUAGGAAACUGGAGAACUGCAAUCAAGUUGUCAAAAUUGGGAAGGAGUUAAAGUUUUCAUUAGUAAAUUUAGCUGGGAAUGAUAUUGUUCAGGGAAAUAAGAAAUUGAUAGUUGCACUUCUGUGGCAAUUGAUGAGAUUUAAUAUCCUUCAAUUGCUAAACAGACUGAGAUCCCACUCCAAAGGAUCCCAAGGAAAGCAAAUUACUGAUGCAGAUAUACUGAACUGGGCAAACAGCAAAGUGAAAGCAUCAGGAAGAACAUCUCGAAUGGAAAGCUUCAAGGAUAAGAGCUUAUCAAAUGGAGUGUUCUUCCUCGAACUUCUUAGUGCAGUUCAGCCAAGGGUUGUGAACUGGAAAGUAGUUACAAAGGGAGAAGCUGACGAGGAAAAGAAGCUAAAUGCUACCUACAUCAUUAGUGUUGCAAGAAAGCUCGGAUGUUCUGUGUUUCUACUGCCAGAGGACAUCAUAGAGGUGAACCAGAAGAUGAUCCUAACUCUUACAGCUAGCAUCAUGUAUUGGAGCCUGCUGAGACAACCACAGCCUGAAAUAUCAGAAGCAUCAGAGCCAUCCAGCAUGGCUUCGGACGCAACUUCCGACAUUGGCUCGGAGGAUGGUGCCUCAACAGCGGCACCGUCCGAGAGCGAAGAGGCAAACUCACUGUCCGACAGUCUAUCCACCCUGACCACAGACGACGCCACCUCAAAUGCUCCACCUGCAGAAAACGGGAACGGCGCCACCCCAGAUGCUCCACCUGCAGAAAACGGGAACGACGCCACCCCAGAUGCUCAACCUGCAGAAAACGGGAACGCCGCCACCCCAGAUGCCCCACCUGCAGAAAAUGGGAACGAUGCCACAUGA